AUGCUGGGAUACAGGACUAUGUGUAACCGGCAGCACACGCAGGCGUGUCUGAACACGUCCCUGUCCAUCAGACAGGAGAUACAGAGGUUUGAAAGCGUACAUCCAUCGAUAUACGCUUUAUACGAUCUGGUCGAACUUGUUCCUGAUCCCUUGCUGGCUCAACAGAUUCGAGAUCACGUCGUAGCAAUAGAAGGUAGG